AUGGAAGAAAAUGAUCAUAGCAACAGAAAUGUGGAGCAUCAGGAUUCGGGCGAUGAGUCUAAUAGGGCUUUUCUACCCCUGUUGCAGGCUCCUGGAAACGUACUCCCGCACAGAAUAACCAACUUUUACAUCGACAACAUUUUAAGACCAGACUUUGGUCUCAGGAAAGAAGGAACCAGACGUGAUGAAAUUAAUAUAGUUGAAAGAGAAAAUCGAUGUCCAUCGGCUCCCGGAUCAGGGCAGGUAGGAGCCCCAGUGUCAGAGGAAGGAACCUCGAGCACUAACCAAGUAAGCGCGUCUAAGAAAACUGAUAUUACUGUGGACGCACCUCUGAAAAACCGUGCAGAGACUGGAGAUCAAUCGUUAAGUUCAGAUUCGGAUUGCUCGCAAAGUAACGCUUUGCCGUCGAAAAAGCCAAUGCUUUGGCCGGCUUGGGUAUACUGCACAAGAUAUUCCGACAGGCCUUCAUCAGGACCAAGAUCCCGCAAACCAAAGAAGAAAAAUCCAACCAAGGAAGACAAGCGUCCAAGAACAGCCUUUACAGCGGAGCAACUCCAGAGACUCAAGACUGAAUUCCAGAAUAACCGUUACCUGACGGAGCAAAGGAGGCAAGCUUUGGCACAGGAGCUCGGCCUUAACGAAUCUCAAAUCAAAAUCUGGUUCCAGAACAAAAGAGCAAAGAUUAAAAAAGCUACGGGGAAUAAAAACUCACUUGCAUUACACCUGAUGGCACAGGGACUGUACAAUCAUGCCACAGCAUCUAAGGACGACCAAUCAGACAGUGAUUAA